AUGGAAGUUGCUGUAAUCGAUAUGAAUGCGACAUAUUGUAGAUCACAAGAGCAUGGUUCCUUAAACAGUGCCACUUAUAUCCGAUGGGGCCGAACGUCAUGUCCAAGCGGCGCCAGUGUAGUUUACGAUGGGUAUGUUGGGGGAUCGUAUUAUAGUCACAGUGGCGCGGCUGUAAACGCUCUAUGUUUAACGAAGGAACCUCGAUGGGGACGAUAUACAUCUAAGGUGGAAUCAACCGCCUAUAUUUAUGGUGCUGAGUACGAAACAUCAUAUUAUAGCACAUGGGCCUAUCUGCAUGAUCAUGAUACUCCGUGUGUUGUUUGCAAUGUACCUCGCAAUGACGUGUUGAUGGUUCCCGGAAGCAACAUCUGUCCAAACGGAUAUAAACGGGAGUACACUGGCUAUUUAAUGACAGGACGUUACAGUCAUUUGGCCGCUAGCAAAUAUAUUUGCAUGGAUGGUAAACCGGAAACAAAACUUGGUGGUCAACAAAACCAAAAUGGAUAUCUUUUUUAUUUUGUGCAGGCAAGAUGUGGUUCUCUUAACUGUCCACCGUACGUAAACGGAAGGGAACUCACGUGUGUGGUGUGCUCACGUUAGCCGACUGAUGCUGUAUACAAAAUUGAUAAGCGUGAAACGUGGUACCACAAAUCAUAACUGACAUUGUGCUAGAAAUAUUCCUCGCAUAAUGCAUACGAUUCUAAUUAUUUAUGAUACAGUGAAGUUUAAUUGUUAAAACCGGUACGGACAGUCAGAAAUAAGAGGUAAUAAAAGCAAAGACGCAGUACACAUUUUAACCAAACGUUAUGAGAAUAUUGCACGGAUCAUCUUUUAAUGCACUUUAAUCACAACAAUAUAUAUUAUAUUGAUUAAACUAGUUUUGUAUAUAAUUUUAGUUGUAAUAUAAAUUUGGUAAUUCGUAUAUAAAGAACAUUCCUUUCAUCAAAACUUCCUAUUGGAGUUCGUACAUGUUUAGCAAAUCUAUUGCCUUGGCAUGUAGAGUAAGUAAAUAGUCUAUGUUUAAAUCAGAACGUUUUGGGGGAGUUAAUGUAAUACUCUUAACUGUAUAUCAGUUCACAAAAUGUUGAAUAAAGCAGCUAUCAUAAAUAUAAUAUCAUUCUAGUAAGUUUGUACAUGUUAUUACAAGUGCUCUUAUAAUUGGUUUUAGUAACUGACACGUGCUGUACUACCUAAAUAAACUCUUAUUAUUUAUAAAUGGUUAUAACUAAUUUUUAUUUCACUGUGGUAAAUCUUGUUAGAGAACACUUGUCUGUAUUUUGCGUGACAAAGCAAAUAGCAAUAAAAGAAGAAACGAUUUUUACUGGUAACAAAGUGCACACUGCUAGCAUUUUCAUAAUCAAAUAAAUGAAUCAUGUAGAACUCAGACUAUUUUAUCUGAGGACACAACUUUAAGUAGACUUUGUUAAUGAAAAGUAUCUUUUGUAUUAUAUCAUGUAUAUAGAGGUAAUAUUUAAACAACUUCUAGACUAUUUGCGGAUAGUAUCUGACGUGCGUGUCUCUACAGUCACGUCUACUAUUGAUAAAUAUUAUUCCUUGUGUAUUCAGUUUAAUUUUUUCAUUGGAUCUCAUUUUUAAACUCAUCACAAAUUACAGAUGUUUAAACAUUCAAGGCAGUAUCAUAUCAAUGCAUGGUUUUAGUUCAUAACUGAACUAUACACUUUAGGCAGAAUGAAAAAAUUAUCAAAUUUCUUAAUCUAAACUUGUUUUGAUUUAAAAGCAAACUUCGGAAAGUACUGGGCAAUCUUACGAAUGUUCUUAACAUAAAUGAGACAUUUAUCUUG